GCUUUCUUUGUUCUCAUCGGGCAUGAGGUAUCUGAUCAUCAAAGUUACAGUCAUAUUCGCCUUGUAGAACCAUCUCUCUCUCUCUCUCUAUUCAUAUCCAACUUGGCAUGCAAGUUGUCUGUAGUAAUGCAAUAACAUAGCCGAGUUCACCCUUUGAGUACCUUAUAAUUGAGGCAUCAACAUCCUCAACAGUUCCAUGAUCAUAUAUAUAUAUAUAAGCUGUCUUUGCAUAUAAUUUCAGCUAUAGCUACUACCCUCUUAUCUCUUUUAUCUCUCUCUUCCUCAAUAGAUCUCGUACAAACAAAAACACAAUUUUAGACUUUUAAUUAGUACUUAGAGGAAGGGAUAAAAUUUUAUAUUAUAUACUCUACUGGCCCUUGAGCCCUUUAAUAGCUAGAAAUUAAUUACGAGUGCAAUUAAUGAUGACAUUCCAAAGCAAGGCAGGUAUCUUCUUCCUGUGCUUGUUAAUCAUUGCAUUUUCAUCCAUUAAUCUUGCUGUUGCUGUGCCAAAAGAGCAAGAGCAAGAUCGAAUCUUGGCGCUCCCGGGGCAGCCACGUGUGGCAUUCUCUCAGUUCUCCGGUUAUGUCACUGUGAACGAGCAACAUGGCCGAGCACUCUUCUACUGGCUCACUGAAUCCCCCACUUCCCCGCAGAAUAAACCACUUGUUCUCUGGCUCAAUGGAGGGCCGGGUUGCUCAUCAGUAGCAUACGGGGCAUCAGAGGAAAUUGGGCCGUUCCGUAUAAACAAAACGGGCUCUUCUCUAUAUCUCAACAAAUAUGCAUGGAACAAAGAAGCAAGUAUUCUCUUUCUUGAAUCUCCUGCUGGUGUUGGCUUCUCAUACACAAAUACCAGCUCUGAUCUCAAAACUUCAGGGGACAAAAGGACAGCUCAGGAUGCACUGGUUUUUCUAAUUAGAUGGAUGUCAAGAUUUCCUCAAUAUAAAUAUAGGGAGUUUUACAUUGCUGGAGAGAGCUAUGCAGGGCACUACGUCCCCCAGUUGGCUAAGAAAAUUCAUGAUUAUAAUAAAAACAAUCCUCAAAUUAUUAAUCUCAAAGGGUUCAUUGUGGGAAAUGCUGUGACUGAUAGCUACAAUGAUGGAAUUGGAACUGUCACAUAUUGGUGGAGCCAUUCUAUGAUAUCUGAUCAGUCAUACAAAUCUAUCCUCAAAUACUGCAAUUUCACAGCAGAAGAAACAUCUGGAAAAUGUGAUGAUGUUUAUAGUUAUGCGGUUAACUAUGAAUUUGGAAAUAUAGACCAGUACAGCAUCUAUACGCCUACGUGCACAGCAUCACAAAACAAUACCGUUAGGCACAUGCGAUUCAAGAAUCUUCAUCUGAUUUCUGGGUAUGAUCCGUGUACUGAAAAUUAUGCAGAGAAAUACUAUAACCUUCCAGAAGUGCAGAAAGCAAUGCAUGCAAAUGUUACCAACAUUCCUUACAAAUGGACUGCUUGCAGUGAUGUGCUCCUGAAAAAUUGGAAGGAUUCUGCAAUUUCAGUGUUGCCCAUAUACAAAGAGUUAAUUGCCGCGGGAUUAAAAAUAUGGGUUUUCAGUGGGGACACAGAUUCUGUGGUUCCAGUUACUGCCACAAGGUUUUCUCUCAACCACCUUAACCUCAGCAUCAGAACUCGCUGGUAUCCAUGGUACUCUGGUGGGCAGGUUGGUGGAUGGACAGAGGUGUAUGAUGGACUAACUUUUGCAACAGUAAGAGGAGCUGGCCAUGAAGUACCUUUAUUUCAGCCAAAGCGAGCUUACAUUCUUUUCAAGUCUUUUUUGGCAGCAAAGGAACUGCCAAAAUAUUGACAUGUAGUAACACGUUAACAUUAAUUAAAUUGCAAAAUUCAUUAGUGUUAGUAUUUCUUUCGGCUAGGGUGUCAAUUUUUCAAAUAGAGAUUCUAGUAACAACCUCUUUUUUUUUU